AUGGCACCAACAACACAAACACAGGAUGCACCAUUACAACCUACCACUACUACCCCACAAACACCACAACUAACAGAGUCAUCACCAGCGGCAGCAGCACCAACACAAGGAGGUGCUUCAGAAAAGGAGGCCAAGGAGCAAAAGGCGUUUGAGCGCUGGACAAAGACAUUAUCGCUUAUCACCGGCAUUGGUCUCUCCAAGGAAGAAUUCCAGACCGAGAUCAACAAGAUUGACCGGAAACAGUGCGAGCUCCGCAAGGAACAACUCAUCAAAACCAGCCCCGGUGUGCGGUUCAUGAUGAACAACUUGGUCAAGUCAGGAUGCCCUUUGACAAAGAACAUGCUCGAGUGCGGACCUUGCGACAACACCAAAUCAGGAGGCUUUUCAAAGGACCACGGUAUCCUCCUCUGCCAAAACGGAUUCUUUAGCAAAAAGCAUCAGGAACAUACCAUGAUCCACGAGAUGAUCCAUAUGUACGACCACUGUGUCUUCAACCUCGACUGGGACAACCUCCGCCACCACGCCUGCAGUGAGAUUCGCGCGGCGGCGUUGAGUGGAGACUGCAAUUGGACUCGGGAGGUGCGCCGUGGACACUACACGUUCACGAAACAACACCAGGAAUGUGUCAAGCGCCGCGCAGCCAUCUCGGUCGCAGGAAACCCCAAAUGCCCCUCUAGGGAUGCGGCAGAGAAGGCUGUGAAUGCCGUCUUUGAAUCGUGCUAUAACGAUACCCGACCAUUUGACGAGUUUUAUUAG